AUGGUCAACACCAAGUCGCCUCCUGCUAUUAAUGCAGGUGAGGACGCCACAGUCAGCUAUUUGUUGUCCCGAGUCUUAUCCGGAGGCAAAAUCUGCCGGGCAACGGAACUUGCUGCAUGCCUCCCUCGGUGGUUUAGCUACGUCAAGGAGAAUAAGCCGACUGCCUUAGGUAGCCCAGAGUUACUAUGUCGUCUUUUGCUCCCAUUCGGCACGCCUGAUAUCCUGGAACAAAUUGAGAGCCUCCAAACCUCUGACUCUCUGACUGAUAGACAGAGGUGGAUGGUAAAACUCCGUGUCCUCAUGGACGAUAAAGCAGAGGAAAGGUUGUUGCAGAAGUUGGAAUCUUUGCAGGAUCAAGAACUAUCACUCGAAACUCUUUGUGAGCAAGAAAACGGAGGUGGUACGGAUGAUUAUCUUGUUGCUGAUCCCAAAAGGACCCUCCAAUUUGACUAUGAUAUGCGGGAUGUGAUGAUUCGGGGCGACAAAUCCGCCAUGAGGAAGAAUCAGGAUGUCUUUUACGUGACCGGCUCCGUUGCCUGGACCGUCCGAUCUCCUUACUGGAAUGUUGCAUUGGCCACCGACAGUGACGGUAAUCGAUAUCUCUCAGAUGACGUUUUGGAUGCAGUCCUUCCUAAAUGGAGGCAAAUUCUAACCGGGGAGACGGUCCCGACUCCGAAGUAUGGUGUUGUCGAUUCUUUUCGUUUGUGGCUGGCUAGUGAGGAGAAAAAGGCCAGUGAUCUCGGCAAAAUCUGGCCAUCGACUCCUGUCAAUACUGCUUCUUCGGCUCCGAGGCGCAAUUUUAUAACUACAGAGCCCUACUCUCGUUACCAUUCCUUUAACACGGCCCGUUUCCCCCCAUUUGACUCUACCCCCAAAGUCACUGGCAGCGAGCAAACUGAGUUGCUUCGAGCCAUACUCACAGAAGUCAAAGAAUUGAAGACAAUAGUCGGCCAAAUUCUCGAGCGCAAGCAAGACCUUGAGACUACAGAAAAUCAGAUGCAUGACUCUUUGCCACAGAGCUAUCCUCCUAUUCCUCCCGCAAUGCAACCUCCAGCACCUCCAGCAAUACAGCCCAACUACUUCAUGUCACAGGGUCAAUUGGUUGGUUCUCAAUAUCAGCUGGAGUCAGAUUUACAGCAAAGCUGGAACUCACAGUACCAAGGCCCGACUACCAUGCCAGGCCCGGGACCUAGUUCAGCUCAUCGUCUCUAA